GACCGACUCUCGUUCAUUUUCCGUACACGUACCCUUGCCGAGCUCCUUUCGGUUUCUAGAUACAACAAGGCCUUAUGGUGGCCGUCGGAUAAGAUCUUGAUCAAGUCCUUCCUUGCCUUCUACCGCCUAAGCCCAUCUGAUAUCAAAAGCCUCAAGGGGGCGCCCUCAACCAAGACCAUACGCUGCCGGGUUGAUGCUGCUGGCCCAAGGCAACGUCCUGGCCAGGAUGCUGACCUCCACCAACUUGCUGCCUGGAUGAACGUAGACCUUCCCUCUCUAUCAAACAACGAGUGGGCUGCAAUUAGUGGAAAAGUACUAUCUAGCCUUGAGUAUACUAUUGCUAAGGUUGCUAAGGAGCAUUGUCUCGUGAGAUACUGG